AAAGUAGAAGUAUAGGGAUGCAUGACAAAAAAUUUGACCCCACAAAUUAAGACGAGCUAGCCACCGAUCAUAUCGUUACGUGUACGAGUUUGAGUAUUUAUUUGUUUUUUUAUAUUCUUAAUUCGAGUUCAAACACUUAUAUAUAUUCAUCAUCACUUGUAACGCAUAGAAAUUGCCUUGAAUUAGGAUCUCUAAAAUUAAGGGUAAGAAAAACGUUGCAUCUUUCAAUCUCAGACUUAUCGUACGUACGUGGUUAGUCAUGGUUACGUCAACCGACAUUUCUCCGGCGGUUGAAAACCCAUUAUUGCCGGAAAAGCAUGACUUCGUCGAAGAGAACGUAGAUUACAAAGGUUUUCCGGCUAAGCGAUCCAGUUCCGGUGGAUGGUUAUCUGCUUCUUUCAUCAUAGUGGUGCAGAUGGCGGAGUUCUUUGCGUAUUAUGGAGUGAGUGCCAAUUUGAUCAAUUAUUUGACGGGCCCACUUGGUCAAUCCACCGCCGCUGCGGCGGAGAACGUGAAUGCAUGGUCGGGAACUGCCAUGCUUAUGCCGUUGUUAGGUGCUUUUGUUGCCGACUCCUAUCUCGGGCGAUACCGCACCAUUGUUAUUGCUUCCGUGCUCUAUAUUUUGGCACUUGGCCUCUUGACGCUUUCAGCUGUAAUUCCUUCAUUGGGUUGGUUUGAUUACCAGAGUCCAUCAAACAGUAACAUCCCAUGUCCUCCUUCUCAGCUCCAAAUCAUCAUAUUUGUCUUCUCAUUGUAUCUAAUCGGAAUUGCACAAGGAAUGCAUAAGCCUUGUAUUCAAGCAUUUGGAGCUGAUCAGUUUGAUGGAUCAGACCCAAAAGAAUGUAAAUCCAAAAGCUCAUUCUUCAAUUGGUCCAGCGUGGGUACUUAUGCAGCCAUCACGCUUUCCUUCGUAAUCCUGAGCUACAUUCAAGAUAACCUAAGUUGGGGUAUUGGGUUUGGAAUUCCUUGUUUGGUCAUGAUUUUUGCAUCAGUUUGGUUUGUGUUUGGUACCGUCACGUAUCGAUUUCAUGCUACUAAAAGUGAUGAAGGCCAAGGCAAACCCUUUUUGAGAAUCGGUCGGGUGUUCAUCAAAGCAGUUAAGAAUUGGAGAAUUACUUCUGUUGAAGGAAGUAUGGAUGAUGUAGAAAAUCAAGGUGUUCUUCCUCAUUUGGCUUCUAACCAAUUCAAGUUUCUGAACAAAGCAUUAUUAACACCUGAUCAUGGAUCAAUAGGAAGUGGCAAUGUUUGUAGCAUAAGUGAAGUUGAAGAGGCAAAAGCAGUUCUAAGGCUAUUGCCAAUUUGGUUAUCCUCUUUGGUAUACGGAAUUGUACUUUCUCAGCCAUCAACUUUGUUCACUAAGCAAGGACUCACAAUGGACAGAUUCAUCACUUCCACAUUCCAAGUACCAGCAGCCUCACUCCAAUCUUUCGGUAGCAUUACAAUAAUCGUCUUUCUCCCCAUCUACGAUCGCCUUUUAGUUCCUGCGGCAAGAGCUAUAACCGGAAAUCCAACCGGCAUUACAAUGCUACAACGAGCCGGAACCGGACUAUUCCUCUCUAUUCUAUCCGUCCUUGCAGCUGCUUUAGUAGAAAUGAAGCGUCUUGAAACUAUUAAAGAGUUUGGUUUAGUAGAUUUGCCUAAUGCAAUAGUACCAAUGAGUGUGGCCUGGUUGAUACCUCAGUAUUUGUUAAUGGGAAUUGCGCAAUCAUUCACGGCAACAGGUUUACAGGAGUUUUUCUAUGAUCAAAUGCCUAAUGAACUAAGAAGCACUGGGCUUGCUCUAUACCUUUCAAUCUUUGGUAUAGGGGGAUUUCUUAGCAGCAUUCUCAUUUCUGUCAUUGAAAAUGUCACUGGUGGUGAUUGGUUUUCGGAUAAUCCGAUGAAAGGACACUUGGAUUAUUUCUAUUGGUUGCUAACAGGACUUACCGUAGUGGCGUUUACGAGUUUUGUGUAUUUUGCAAAAGCUUAUACUUACAGGAAACAGUAAGUCUUUUGCAGAAGGUUGAUAAAUGUAUUUUGUUUCGAUUUGGUUUUUUUGUUAAACUAAUGUGCAGCUGAGUGUUGUGAGUUUUAUUCCUUUUAAUUGAUUGUAUUAUGUGCACAAAUUUAAGAAAAAAUGUACCUAGCAGAUAUAGUUCAAUCAAAAAGGCACCAGAUCUUGUAUGUAUACCACAUUCUUGUUAUGCAAUAUGUUACACAAUUCAAUAA